AUGGAAUUGCAAUAUAAGAUAGACAAACUUAAUAAAGAACUUGAAGAGUCAAAAGAACUAAAUGAAAUGCUAAUAAAAAUAAAUGAGGAAUUCGGAAAAGAGAACGACAGACUUUAUGAACAAAUCGAUUUUUAUAAGAACCUUCGAAUGUCAAGAAGCAUGAAAAAAAGCUCAAAGCCUAAACGUAAACAUCAAAGGAAUAAUGAUAGUGAAGAUUCAGAUGACGAAAUUAUUGACGUGGAUGUUGAAAUGGACGAAAAAGAUGAAAAGGAUGAUAAAGAUGCAAGGAUGGAAAUGAAGACCAUUUUAAAAACUAUGCCUGCCAAAUUCGACCUGGACUAUGAUCAAAUGUUUAUGAGCAAAACUAACGUAGACAUAAGAAAACAAUUAAUACCAGAAUUAAUGAAGAGCUUAAAGCCGAAUUUUAAUCCCACUGUGACACGCCACCCAUAG